GGGGUGUCACCAAAGAUUGUGCAUCUGACUAGUGGCCCUGUCCUGUGUGGUACAUUGGAAACAAUAUUGACUCUGGAAUUCCAAGACCUCCCUUGCUACCCUGAGUGACCUUAGGCAAGUCACUUAACUACUAAGCCUCUGUAAAAUGAAGAGGGGUUUAGAUUAGACAGUACCAAGAUUCCCUUUUGGCUCUAGUCCAAUGCUUUCUGUCAUAAAGGAAAUGUAGAGAGAGAUACACAGAUCAUAGAGACAGAUGAUAUGGACCACUGAAGUGUCAAUUGUGUAAGUUUAGAAGUCGAACAUUUACGACAGUAACAAUUUCUCAUAGUCUCCCUUACUGACCUUAUUUUAGUUAUAACGACAGAGGUGUUCUUAGUAUUAAUCAUAGUGUUAUAGGUUUUAAACAAGAAGGUAGUGGUUUAUUUUAUAGAUGAGGAAAGUAAGGCCCAAAUAGGUUAAAGUGACUUACCCUUCUCAAGGACCUUUGACACCAGUUACCUGUUCUAUGGUAUCCCCUAGUCCUCUUAGUUCAAGAGGGAAGAGAUCUUUUUAACAGCCUAUGACCACUGCAGCUAACACUAAGCAUUUAAAUGUGUAUUGAAAAAUGAAUGUUCUUUCUUUAUACAUUGUUAGUUCCUGCCCUGAGAGAGGUAUGAGAUUAUUCUGCAUCUUCUUCCUCUAGUUAAGUCACCGUGCUAAACUGUUUGUGUAAUAAUUAUAAUAGUAAUGAGAACACCUUUCCUCAACAGAAGAAUUUAUUGGUCUAAAAUUGUGUGGGGGGAAAAAGAGAAAAGGGUGCUUCAGUUCAAAAUGGACUUUAAUUUUUACUGCCAAAGAUAGAGAACUCAGUCUUUGGUACCAUUUGGGUUCUGCAGUAAUCUUCAGAGAUAAAAAGGUGACUUAUUUUGGUAUAGCAUCUGUUAGAUUUAGACUCUAAUGAAUGAAACUGCUUGGAUUAAGUUUUCUAGAUAGCUUAUAAUGAUCAGUUGGCAUUAGAUACAAGUAAUUCUUAAUCACUAAAUUUGUUUGAAAGCCAUUAUAUCCCAAUAUUUGUUGUGAGAUGGCUCUGGGAGGGAGAGGGAAAAGAUAUUGGGGAUAGCUGAUCAUGUAAAAAAGAUAUCAAUAAAAACUUUUUUUUUCCCAAGAAAGUGUAUAUAUAGCAGAGACGUGCUGGAUUUAGAUGAUGGAAAUCUAGUUUCAAAUCCACCUUCUGAAACUUUUUAAUUGAGUGACCCUGCUCAAGUCAUUUAAUUUCUGUGUGUACCAGACUUUUUAAUUCCCUAGCAUUUAUCUACACAAGUCAUAGACCAAGUUGGUAGAGGAAGUUCCCACACAACAGAAUCUCCCCACACUGACAAAUCAUAAUGUCAAAGAUAUAUUUUUGGAGGAGUGGCCAAUAGUUACCCCUUGGGAAGAGUGUGGCCAUCGUGCAGUUCUGAUAUGACUGACGUGUAAUGUGAGUGAAUCAUUAAGAUCAGAGUGAUAAAUAGGAAUCCAUUACUUAUUCCUGGUUGAUUUGAAUGAUGUUCUUCACUUCACCUUGGGAAAAGGAGACCCCUUAAGCUAUUUAUAUAUUUUGGAAAGUUGAGGUAAAAUACAGCUAAGACCAUUGAUCCUGAUGCUAGUAGCUCACUUUUUGGAGAAUUUGUUUUUAGCAGAAGGUUCAAUGUACUAUCUAGGUGGUCAAAUUUCUUUUUUUGUUGUUACUUGUGGGGAAGGAUGUUGCUGCAGUAAAUUAUAGUUAUUUCUCCCAAUGAGUGGGAUAGUGAUUGAAAAAGUUUGAUUUCAAUCUAACCAUUUAAAAAUUACUAUAAGUCAGAAAGACUUGAAAUAAUACUGUAUGAAAAGUUCAGUCUGGGCCCCAACCAUCUUAAAAAUUGCGCGAAGUCAUUGAGAUUUGUAAUAAUGAGACCAUAGAUUGUUUAUCACUUUGUGGUUUAUAAAAGCAUUUCACAGUCCUCAUCUAAAUCUUCACAAUAACCCUGCAAGGUUUAUAAGCCCCCUCUCCUUUUGAAAAUCUUUCUCAAUAGGAUAUUCUUAUUUUAAAGUGUUCAGAGAAUAAUGGGAUCAGUUGUCCCUCUCCAGUUCUAUACCCAGUGUCCAUUGUCCUGUUGUUUGGUCUUCCUCUGUCUUCUAUUAAUAUUUGAUUCUCUAAAUUAUCCUGCAACUGUGUUAACUGCCAUGGCUUCUUCAUCCCUCAAGCUAUAUCCCUAAUUGGCUUUACCCAUAUGUAAAACUGGGUAACAAUAAAGUGGGAAAGAUAUUUUUUUUAAGUCCUUCUAUUGUUUACAAAUUAUCUUUUACCUGCUGGGUUUCAAGAAUGACCUUGAGGUCAGAAUAUUUCUAAAGCAGCACCUUCUCAUCAGUUAUAUCCUGUUUUAGCAAAGAACCAAAAGUAAGAAUUCAGUUUCCUGUAGUUUUCAGCUUGUUGGACACUGGAAAACACAGGCCAUAUCUGGAACUCCCAUUGUCAGCUAGAGAAGGAUUUGAUAAAUCCAGAAAACAGGUUGCCAUGGUGUCUAGGAUUUUUGGCACAGUCUUACCUGAAAUUAAAACCUUUUGUUUCUUGCUCAUGUGUAUUUUUUAUUAUUCCUCCUCAGUUGCUAUAUUGAUAGAUAAUAAUAUUUAGAUAACAUUUAGUAGCACUUUAUGGUUUGCAAAAUACUUAACACAGUCCCUAAGACAUAGUAAAUACUUAGUAAAUGCUAAAAUUUAAUUUUCUUAAAAUUUAUCUCAUUUGAGAUGACAACAACCCAGUGGAGCAGGUGCUAUUAUUCUCAUUUUACAGGUGAAGAAACUGAGUUUGAGAGAUGUUAUUUACCUUUAGAACAUCCUUCAAGGCCCUUAUAAUUUGAGAGGUUGAAAACUGGUGCAGUGCAUUGUCAUCCUUUUCCUCUAAAUGCUUGUUGAAAGCUGACAAUCAUCUUGACUCUCAGAGCCAAAAUUUGGAUAAGCAAAGAAGUAGGGGGAAAAAAUGGAAAGGGCAAGGGCGCAUGUGAGACUGUCACAUUGAAGAUUUGAGACCACAUUGAAUCAAGUCCUGGGUCCAGUGAAAAGGGAAUGAGCAGGAGCAGAAUGCUGAGUUUUCAGCCAUCUUUUUUCUGACCCCAUAUUGGUACAGAUACAAAACAAAGAUCCAGUGCCUAGGUGCCACAGGUGCAGGGCCUGCCAAGAUGAGACACUAUGUGCAGAGAUCUGUGCUGAGUGCUAGGAGAAUCACACAUUUGGAUAAGACCAAGUCUUUGCUCUCCUAGACCUUGUAGUCUGAAGGUGGCAGAGGAGGAAAAGGAAUAAAUUUGGAUAAAUGGAAGACACAGCAUUGCAUGGUAAAUAUAUUAGAAAGGUAUAGAACCAUUAAUGUACUGUGUGAGAUCUGAGUUUCUGGCAAGGGAUCAGGAAAAACUUGGAGGAGGAGGUGAUAUUUGAAGGAUGAGUUUCAAAGGAUUUCGGCAGAAGAGGAAGAAAGGUAUUCUAGGAAUAAAGCAAAAACCACAAGGAAAAGCUUUAUAGGGGCAGGAGGAAGGUGUCAGGACAAAGAGUCAUCCAUUUUAAACUGGAGCUGAGACUUUAUGUAGGCAGAGAAUAACUAGUUUUCUAUCCCCACCUUGUACCUUAGGAAGUAAAAUGGUUAGGAAUGGGCAGAUAGUGAACUAGACUGCUGUUACUUGAGCUGCUAAGAUUAAAUGACAGGAGCUAUUCAUGUUCCUGCUUCAGGGCAUAAACUGAUCUUCUGUUUAGGGAAGAAACUUCACUGAAUGGUUUAUUGCAUACUCUGUUGGAUCAAAGAGUAGCUGGAAUGGCUCCUGAUAGAUCUACUGGAGUUGAAUCUCUUGAGGGCUUGUACCUGUAGAAAGUUCAAAGAAGCUGAGGUGAGGACCAGGAGUCUGAGGUAGGACUCAACAAGUUUUAACUAAAAUGGAGGGAGGUGUUCAUUGCAGCAGGGAGAAUUUAAAUUCAACUUGAAAGAGAAUUAUCUGACAAGGAGGGCGGUGGAAAACUGAAACAGGUGCAUAGACUCUCUCCUUGCAGUGUAGACCUUGGAAAGAAAAGUGGAAAAAGAAGGUGAGAAAUUGGAGUGGCUAUUCUGACACUGCUGUUUCCUAUCUCUUUGACCUUGCAGAAGUCCCCUUGUUUCUCUGAGAUUCAGUUUUCUUAUCUAUAAAAUGAGGACAAUGUAUUCAGUGGCUCCCUAGUGCUCCUCUGGUCUUGUGAAUAACACAGACUUAUAUUUAAAACAAUUUAUGCUUUCUCUUUGAAGUAAGGAGCCCCUCACUUUUCUUAAAGGGUUCCAUGGAUAUGUGAGCUCAUCAACUCAUGUAUUCCCUCCAGUGAUAUGGAAUGGAUCACAGCUUCUUUGGCCUUUGGCCUCUGCUAAAGUUGCCACAGGGGUCCAUAAAGCAUUGCAGGGGGGGCUUCCUCACUCUUCUUACCAUUUGAAACUACCAAAUGGAGCAACUAUCCUAUCACCACUCUUACUACAAAAAAAAAUGUUAGCUUUGGGGGAAGCUGGGUGGCUCAGUGGAUUGAGAACCAGGCCUAGAGAAGGGAGGUUCUAGGUUCAAAUGUUGCCUCAGCCACUUCCUAGCUGUGUGACCCUGGGCAAGUCACUUAACCCUCAUUGCCUAACCCUUACCACUCUUCUGCCUUAGAACCAAAUCACAGUAUUGAUUACAAGAUGGAAAGUGGUAAGAUUUUUAACAUAUAGAUAUAUAUUAUGCUAUAUAUGUCAGAUAUAUUAGCUUGGGACCCAUUAAUUUGAUAUUUGAGAUAAUUCAAGGAUCAUGUUUCUUAGGAUGGGACUGGACCUAUGAUUUUAUUCAUAUAGAGAACUCUUAAUGAGAUAACUACCCCUACCAAUGAGGUUGGCACCUUCUUUGCAAUUUAUAUACUUAGAAAUUAUCUGGUGAACUGAAAAAUUAAGUGACUUACCCAGAGUCAAAUGAAUGUCAGAAGUAGGACUUGAACUCAAGUCUUCCUGACUCCAAGACCAGCUCUGUCUAUCUUGUCAUGCUGCCUCUCAUAUGAGCUCACAAAUAACAAGUUCAAAAUAAAUGAUAUAACAUCUUUCCAAAAUGUGAGCCUAUUUUAAAUGGUAAUUUUUUCAAAACCUUCUUUGUUAAUACCCACUAUUUUGUUUGACAUAUAGGGUUCAUAAAGGUAAUAAAACUAUAUCGCUUUGGGGAACUUUAAACUAAUUUUAGAAAUUCUUUUCCUUACUUUUCUAGUCCUUCCUGAACUCUCCUGCUCCAGAGCUCCCAGGCCAAAUUAUUGAGCUUUGUUUGUGUUCUGGUAGUCCUAACUGGGUUUACAAAUCCUAAGAGACUAUGUUGUAGAUGUGGUUCACAAAUCUCUUGUUUUUGUUUUUUAUCAAGUGUAAUCCUGUAACUUUCAUGCGAAGAAAAUAUGGAGUGCUGUGAGGUUUUUUUUUUGUAGUGGGUUUCCCAGAAGAAGAGAAAAAAGCCAUCUUCGAUAGCAUUCAUUUAAAGCAUUCUUUGAAAGCAUUUGGAGAUUUGUUUGCAGUGAAACUGGAUACCUCUGGCCUGGAUUUGCUUAAACUCCACCUCUAGGUGGAUCUGAGUUUGUUUUUUUUUUUUUAAUGGGGAAGAGCUUCUGAGUAAAUGAAAGUGAAACUUAGCUGGAGCCAUUUUAAAUCUACAAGCUGUGUCUUCUCCGUAGCACCAAGGAAAGAUGUUUUAUUUUCAUGCUCUCAAAGUUAUUCCUCUUUACUUUUAAACAGGAAUGGUAGACUGUAAGAGCUAUUAUAUGAACCAAAGAACUAGCCUUUUUCAGCCUUACUGUCACCCUUAGCUCCUUUCUCCUCCUCUAGAGGGAAGUUUUCCUGUAGUUAAUGGAUUAGUUUACACCACUGGAGUUUCUGUUCUUGUGCUCAGAUAAGUGAGAUGAAUUAUGCUCAUCGGUAUGGACAAACCUCAGGGGUGUUCCCUCGACAGAUAUCGUAACCAUCAGUUACAAGGCUAUGAUCACGGCAAGCCCAAGCAGCAGGGACAGGGAUUCUAUCCCGAAAAAUUCCGAACUCAGCAGAUAGAGUUCCUGAAGGGACAAAUUCUAGAAGUGCCACUGAUCAGAGAGCAAACAUCAUCUUCUCUGACCAAGGAGAAGCAAAGGUAUACAGGACCACCUGGUGGUGUGAAGCAACCUGCAAAUUGGAAUAUCACAAGGCCACCUCAUAGCAGUCCCUCUCCCUGGAAAGGCUCACAUUCCUCAAGAGGCAGAGCACCCCCAUCAAGGCAAGGUGUAUCUAAGCUUACCUCUCAUUUCCAACAGCUAUCUAUCAGUCGAGAUCAGGAGCAAAGUAUUUUGAAACUUUUAGGGGAACUUGGGGAAGGGCAAUCUGCUACAGUGUAUGACCUUGCCAGGAGGCUUGGGGUCCAAAAGAAAGAAGUAAAUCGAGUUUUGUACCAUCUGCUGAAGCAGGGGAAGCUACAAAGGGAAGAAGCAACACCCCCUAACUGGAGAAUCACACCAUCAUUCCAUCCCUGGAAGAAAUCUAACCAAGUUGGAAGACAAGAAGGUAUCAAAAGGGGUCCAAGGAGAAACCCCAGUUCAAACUUGAAAGACAAAAGUUUCAUACCGGACUCAGAUCCAUUUGAUUUUGUCAACAUGGCUGAUAUCAAGGAGAAAAUCUGUGCCUACUUAUUUGAUGUUCUAGAUUCCUCUGCCCUGAACUUAGCCAAAAACAUUGGUCUUACUAAGGCUCGAGAUAUAAAUAACUUACUCCUUGAAUUGGAAAGGCAGGGAGAUAUUCGAAGAGAAGGAUUCACUUCUCCCAAGUGGUCAUUGACAGUCAAAAAGCGAGAAAGAAUGCAACUUAAAAAAAGUGAAAAUAUCCCAGGAGGUCACUCUAUAACUCAGAAAGAUAUUAGGGUUGAGCCAGGUAGCUUAGGUAUCACCACCAGACCCAUCACUAGGAACGAAGAGGAAAAUGUUGAGAAUGGACAUCGACCUCCAUCAAGGCCAACAGAGGAUGGCAAUGUGGCCAUCCCAGGGUUGUUUGAGGAACCCCUAGUUCAAGACAAUGACCCCUCAGACCUGAGGUUUGAAAAUGGUCAGUGGGCCACAGAUGACAUCCCAGAUGAUUUAAAUAGCAUUAAGCAAGGAGAUGAUUUACACACCAUAAUGGAUCUACCCAACUACAUGGCCCGUGUUGGUGCCUCAUCACAGUUCACAGCUAUCAAGAAACUAACAGCUUGCCGACAAAAGAACCCAAUCAGUGGACUGUUAGAAUAUGCUCAGUUCACCUGCCAGACCUGUGAGUUCACACUCUUAGAGCAAAGUGGCCCAUCACACGAACCCCGAUUUAAAUACCAGGCUGUGAUCAGUGGCCGACGGUUCCCUCCAGCAGAAGCUGGCAGCAAGAAGCUGGCCAGGCAAGAUGCUGCUGCAAAAGCCAUGACGAUCCUAUUUCAAGAAUCUGGAGCGCAAGAGGAGGUGACCUCAGAAGGGCUACCUCCACCUGUGGAAGAAGAACCAGAGCAGCCUUCAGCUGCAGAAUCUGAGCCAUGUCCCAUCAGCCCCUCAAGCCUUCUUUUUGGGAAGAACCCCAUUAGUGUGUUGAUGGAACAUGUGCAAAAGAAUGGGAGCACCUGCGAAUUCCUCCUCAUAUCCCAGGAAGGGCCAGCCCAUGACCCCAAGUUUAAAUACUGUGUAAAGAUGGGGAGUCAGACAUUUCCAACCAUGAUGGCCAAUAGCAAGAAGGCAGCAAAGCAGAUGGCAGCUGAGGUGGCUGUGAAGGCUCUCUGUGGAGAUUCUAGUCUGACCCCUUGGACCAAGCAGCCAAGCAUCGACUACUUUAAUGAUCCUCCUGCACCCCUUGCUGGCCUGGGAGAGGCUACACCAGGCAAGGCCAAGAAGAUUGGAGAUCUCAUCAAAUACCUAAAUGCCAACCCUAUCAGUGGCCUGUUUGAAUAUGCCCGGUCCAAUGGCUUUGCUGCUGAAUUCAAAUUGGUAGAUCAGUCUGGACCGCCCCAUGAGCCCAAGUUCAUUUACCAAGCAAAAGUUGGAGGUCGCUGGUUCCCAGCUGUCAGCGCUCACAGCAAGAAGCAGGGCAAGCAAGAGGCAGCCGAUGCAGCCCUGCGUGUCCUCAUUGGGGAGACUGAGAGGGCAAGGCGCACUGCAGGCGUGGGCAUUUCAGAGCUUCCUCUGUCUGGUAGUACCCUCCAUGAUCAAGUGGCCAUGCUGAGCCACCAGUGCUUCAGCUCUCUCACCGCACCCAUCCAACAUAGCCUUCUUGGCCGCAAGAUCCUGGCCGCCAUCAUCAUGAAGAAAAGCGAUGAUGACCUGGGCCUUGUGGUCAGCUUCGGGACAGGGAAUCGGUGUGUAAAAGGAGAAGAGUUGAGUCUAAAAGGGGAGACAGUCAAUGACUGCCAUGCAGAAAUCAUCUCCCGGAGGGGCUUUAUCAGGUUUCUCUACCAUGAGUUAAUGAAAUAUAGUCCCAUCUCUUGGAAAGAGAGUAUAUUUGAGCUUGCCCAUGGAAAUAAGCUACAAGUAAAAAAGAAUGUGACUUUCCACCUUUAUAUCAGUACUGCCCCUUGUGGAGAUGGAGCUCUCUUUGACAAAACCUGCAGUGAUCCUCCAGAGGGCUAUGUGGACACACAGCACCAGCCGCUCUUUGAAAACCCUAAACAAGGCAAACUUCGCACCAAGGUAGAAAAUGGAGAAGGUACAAUUCCAGUGGAGUCAAGUGACAUCCUGCCAACGUGGGAUGGUAUUCAGCAUGGAGAAAGACUGCGCACGAUGUCCUGCAGUGAUAAGAUUCUUCGUUGGAACGUGCUUGGCCUGCAGGGGGCAAUGCUCUCCCAUUUCUUGCAGCCUAUUUAUCUCAGCUCAGUCACUCUUGGUUACUUGUACAGCCAAGGGCAUCUGACACGGGCAAUCUGCUGCCGUAUGUUCAAAGAGGAAAGUGCAUUCCGAGAAGGACUAAAGCCUCCAUACACUGUCAACCAUCCAAAGGUGGGCAGGGUCAGUAUAUACGAUUCCACAAGGCAGACUGGGAAAACCAAGGAGUCCAGUGUCAACUGGUGUGUGAGCGACAGAACUGAAAUUGAGGUCCUGGACGGCACCAAAGGCAAAGUGGAUGGACCAAGACUCGAUGUGUCACGUCUCUCCAAGAGGAGCAUGUUCAGCCUGUUUCAGCAGCUAUGCGCCCAUCAGAACCGCAAGGACCUACUGAGGCUCGUUUCCUACAAUGAGGCCAAGGAAGCUGCCCGGGACUACCAGGUGGCCAAGCACUACUUCAUAAAAGGUCUGAAGGACAUGGGUUUCGGCAGCUGGAUCAGCAAACCUCUGGAGGAAAAGAACUUUUCCCUCUGUGAUGCAUAGUGUGCUCAGUCAGCUGUUGUUUUGGGGAGUUUCAGGGUUUGGGGUGGGAGGUGGGUGGUAGCACUCUUUUAUGUUGGUGUUUUGUUUUGUUUUGAAUGGACCCAGGAUUGCUAAUUUUUAGGGCUUUGGGGUCCCAUUUGUUCCUCCUUCUUUGGGGCUGUCUCAGGUUGGUUUGGCAUGGGCUAGGCUUUGCCACUACCUGGAUUCUCAAAGAAGAAGCAGAAACUUAUGGGGGAGAGAAAAGCUCUUCUAUCUCUAAUAAGCAAAAGCAAUCAUUGGGCAAAUGCAAGCCGUUCCCUGACUCAAGCUUUUUCCUUUGCUACAAUUCACUUCUUGAGGUCUUGAUUAAGUUCCAGUCAACUCUUUGUGAUUCAGAGACUACUCUGAUUUGUGGAUCAUCCCAGGUCCUUUGGCUUCUCCACCUUCCCUUCUUUCCUCCUCCUUGUAACCAUCUGGCUACUCCACAUUUCCCCCAAAGGAGGGUGACCAUAGUGGUGAGUAUCAGGUAUUGGGCAAGAUCAUUGCAAAGAGAAGAAAGGCUGGAGUGACAGUCAACUUGGUUAUCCAUGCCAGUAAAGGAAAGCAUUAGUAUCAUCAAAAUCUCAGCCAAACUACUCAGAAAACCCAGUAUUCAUGUAUCCUACACAGUUGAGAGGUAGGUGGACAGAUCUUUGUGGAAAGUGUGAUCCUAACCUACCUUGUGGCAAUAAUGGGAGUGAUAAAGGAAACUCUUCCAGGGGUUUCUCAAUAUAGUAGAGGUAAAAGUGCCACUGGAGAGGAUAUCCAAAUCCCAGCUAUUGUUAAACCCUAUAACUAAUAAUUGCUUUCCAUAGUAAUUUCCCUACUAAAGGUAAGAGGACCUUUAUCCCAAAACAGCUGAGUAGGACAAUCACUGACUCAGGAUCCCAAAGAUGAAGUAUAACCACCCCAGCCUAAAUCUUUGAUCAGAUUAUCAUUAGAGAAGAAUAUCACAGUUGCUCUGCAGAGGGGGUCAGACCAGUCGGCAGUUCAGUCAAGUCCUGUGUCUCUGACGUUGACUUGUUUUGACAAAAAUGGGGGGAGGUUAAAAUAUGUGAUUGCGAUUCAUUUUUUUACCACAAGAAACCAAGAAUUGUCAUUGAAGUUUAAAAUUAGUACCCUAUUCCUCUAAUUAUAUUAGGAGUAGCUCCAUGUGGUUCUGAUCAUUUCCCCUACUUAUUGGAGAGAAAGUAGACAUUAUAGGCAAAAAGCAAGCCUUCCCUAAAUUGCUGACAUAAUAACUGAGCUAGAGGCUUAGACCAAUUGUCACCUUGGUCUGAGAAACCAUUGGCUCCACCUCCAUCACCUUAAUUCUCAAAGAGCUUGGGGUAAAGGUUAGCUAGAUAUCUCAGGGAGAAUAGCAGAAACUUUUUACCCUUAAGAUCUGUCUUUUCUCUAGCUCUCCCUAGAAUAGUAUGGACCUAGAUAUACAUGUUAGCUUGCCAAGACAUACCCUUUCUCAUCCUUCAAGCAAUCCACUGGUCCAGCACUCUGUUCUUACCUGUACACCUCCAAAUAUAUAAACAUACACACAUUCAUCUAUAUAGCUACAUAUUUGUGUGUGUGUGUGUACAUACAUACACACACGCAUUUGCUAUGUAGUUAUUACAGACUAUCUUCUUUAAUUAGAAAUUGCCUAAGGGAAGUGAGGCAAGCCAGGAUAUCAUGACAUGAUGAAUAAUUUUGCAGCAUACAAAAAUGUCCUAAGGAACUUGUUGGAGAGUACUUCCCAUCUACUAAGAAGGAAAAAGCCACUUGACCUCUGCCUCAGAUGAACUUUCCAUUCCUUUGAUCAUAGAUUGGAUGAAGUUUAUAAUAUCCUGGUACCUGCCCCCAGGGCCAAUGAGAUCUUGUGGCUGCUGUGGUUAGGAACCUUCUAAAAAGAAGUUCUGUCAUCCCAAGCAUUAUCAUCUCUUCUUCCUUCAUUAUAUUUCAUUACUAGUUGAUGGGGUUGGAGUAUUUUAUCUCCACCUGCUUUGGUUGGACAUUAGAAAUCUGCAAAAUACUGUGUGGGCUCUAGCCCCUGUCAUAGAGGAUGGUGAGCAUUAUUUUUAUGAGAAGGUUGCAAUGCAUCAAACAUACCUCCCAAGCUCCUUUCCAACCUCCAUCCUUCACUAAUGAUGCUAUAGGAAGACUGAGCAAGGGAAGUAUGUUUGAGCUUGUGAUAAUGUCUCCUUCCUGCUCCAGAGACACACAGACACACACACAGACACAGACACACACACAAACCCCUCCCUCCUCUCCCUUUCUCUCUCCCUCUCCCUCUCUAUCUCCCUUUCCCUCUCCCUCCUCUCUCCUCUCUCCUCUCUCUUCUUUCUCUCACUUACUUUGCUGCUGAGCAGUGGAGAAGGGGGAGAUGGAAUUUUCCAAGGAUGAUACCUUUUUGUGAUAUUUCCUCUUGGAUCUUUUUCUUUUUUACCAAGUCCUUUAUCAGAAUCCUCCUCACCCUCCCCUCAAAAAAAGGAGGGGGAAAUGGUGUGGUUGAUAAAUCUGAAGAGUUGCAAUUGUAUAUCCCUUAGAGAAAUCAUUUAGUAUAAAUUAUCUCCACCUAUACCGAUACCCCUUUUGACCCUGAAGGGACUUAGUGUUAGGGGUGGGGGAGGGGGGAGGGAGGGGCUUUUGGCAAUAGCUCUUGAGAGCAGAACAGAGAAGCAAAUGUAAAUGUGAGAAAAUUGACUGCAAUGUUCUCAUUUUAUAAUUCUGCCUUUAAGUAUCCCUAGAUAUCAAUGAUUGAAGAUACAUUCCUCAUAAGAAAUAAAAGAAACUUUCGGUAUUGUUAAGACAACCUUAAUUCCACAGCUCAUUUGGUGAGUUAAAAGUGUGGAGAGGGAACCCUAAGACCUGGGAUUUUUUUUUUCAAAUGCUGAGGAGCUGAUGGCAAACCCAUUCUGAAGGAAAAGAGAGAGCUUGAGCAUCUGGUUGACGGUAGGAGGCAUUUCCAAGGGGCCACUUAAACAAAGGGAAGCUACUUUAGCACUCAAGAUGGGGCUGGAGUUGCUAAUGGGAAUGUCCAGACAACCCAUCCACCUCUGCACCUUCCCCUGCCCCAGUCACAGCUUUCUCUAUCAGUGCCCUCCAUUUACACCUCUUCCUCCACAGGGCCUUGGUCUACAUUUUUUCCAGGUCGGAGCAUAUUGUGCAAUUAGACUCAACUUUGACUGUUUGUUUUGAUGGAAUUGGACUUUGGCCAUUUGCUUUUUAAUACAUUGAUAAUACCUUGAA